AUGAAAAAUGCAAUCGAGAAAGUCAAACGAGGUAAAACAGCAAUUAUUACGUCAUCACCCUACCGCCUUGAAGUGGAAGCUUCUCAAAAUAAACAGGCUGAGAAGAUCAAGAAAGCACCUAUUUUCCAGAAAGACAUGAAACCUAUAAAAAGAGAAGCAAAAAAGAGUAGUACGACGAAGGUGUCAGCUGCGGCAGAAGAGCGUGAGGCCGAGCAAGAAGACGAAAGUGACUCAGCACCGUUUAUGAUAGUGGUGGAGCACCCGGGCGGCCGGCGCUGCGGCGGCUCCCUCGUGUCGCUGCGCACCGCGCUCACCUCCGCCGCCUGCGUGCGCGCCGGCGCCCGGCCCCAGCGCGACCUCUGGGCGCUGGCGCCCGGCACCGGCGCCCUGCGCCGCGUGGCGCGCGUGGCGCUGGCGGCGGGGGCGGGGGCCGACCGCGCGGGGGCCGCGUGGAGCGGAUCCGCCAUGGACCUGGCCGUGCUGGAGUUGGAGGCGCCCUUCGGCGGCGACGCGCGGGCGCGGCCCAUCCUCAUGGCCACGGAGGCCGGCGAGUGCGCGCCGCGCGCCGUGUGCCACGUGGUGCGCGCCCUGCCCCGCGGCGCCUCGCGCGCGCCCCGCCUGCGCAUCGUGGACGCCACGCUGGAGCAGGGCGACGCUUGCGCGGAAAGCGCGCCCGGCUGGCCAGGCCUGCGCGACUCGGCGCUGUGCUUGGUGGGCCCCACGCUGUGCCAAUCCGACUGGGGCGCCGGAGUCGUGUGCGACGGCAAGUUGUGCGGUGUGCUGAGUCGCUCGGCGCGCAGCGCGGACGGCAGCGCCGAGGCGGUCGGGGCGGAUGCGGCGGAGGCGGUGGAUGCGGCGGAGGCGGCGGCGGAGGCGGCGGCGGAGGCGGCGGCGGAGGCGCGCGACGCGUCGUGCGGCAGGACGCACGUGGCAAUGAGCGUGGCGCGCUGGCGCCGCUUCCUGCACUGCGCCCACACGCUGCGCGCGUGCGGCGGCGAGGCGGGCGGCGCGGCCGGGGACGCGGCCGGGGACGCCGGCGGGGGCGAGUGCGCGGCGCUGUGUAGCGAGCACCGCCUGCUGGCAGGGACGGAGGGCGAGCCGAGCGGUGGCGGUGGCGCGGCGCCCGGAGCGCCCGGAGCGCCUGACACGUCGCCUGCCUCGCUGGCGCCUGCGCCCGCCGGGCCCCGCCUGCCGCCCGACGCCGAAACGUCUCCCUUCCAUCGCACGAACUCUCUGCCUGCUCCAUCCUCUUCCAAGCGGCCGGGAAAGGCGGCGGGAGCGACGCCCCCCACGCGCAGUACGCCCCCCUCGCGCAGCACGGAGUCCACGCUGCCUGAGUCGUCGCAGCCGUCGGCGCGGCCCGCCUUCGAGUUCGAACCCAACCGGCCCGACUUCAAGGCGGGCGAGUACGGCGAGAACGGCGCCGACUACGGCGGCGAGGACGUGCCGCCGCCGCCGAGCACGGCCGCGACUCCGGCCAGCACGACGGCGCCGCCCAGCUCCCCGGCCCAGCGGGAGGGCGCCAUGCAGGCGCACGUCUCACCCGCCGCUGCGCGCCCCCACAACUCCGUCUCAACCCUUUCUUGUCCAGUCACUUUACUUAUUGCUCUGCUAGCGAUUAUAAAUUUGGCAAAAUGA